AUGAUAGUGCGAGAGCCCUCACGCAAAUCGGACCUUGUCGCUGAGGUGCAAAGCCAUGGCGGCGAGUGGCAUAGCCUGGACCUCAACAAUUCAAAUGCAGCAAAGGCACUUAUUAACUUCGUAGAAUCGACGGGCCAGGCCAUCGAUGUUCUCAUCAAAAAUGCUGAGUCGAUUAUCUUCGGAGCUAUAGAGCAACUUGCCGACGAGGAGCUACAUAAUCAGAUGGAAACGCUGUACUUUGGACCAAGCCGACUGAUCCACGCCUUAAUCCCUCGUAUGAGGAAGCGCCGCUUCGGGUUCGGGGUCGAUAUCAGCUCGGGCGCAGCACUUGAUGCCCGCGAAAUUAUGGGAGGCUACGCUACUGGGAAUUUAGCACUAGAUGACACUCUGCCGGAGGACUAUCGUGGCUCUGUUGCUGAGCUGACCAUGGAUGCUAUCAAGAGCGGCAAGCUUCCAUUCGACGGUGAUCAGGACAAAGCGUCGAAGGCUAUCUUUGAAGUGGCUGCUGGUGAGGGUAUUGGCGCCGGACGUGAGGCGGAGCGGUUCCUGCCGCUUGGGUCAUGA